AUGUCCGAUAAUUAUAGCUGCCUGUCUCAAUGUCCGAACAUUUACAUUCUUGCUGUGGUUCAAUGUCCGAACAUUCUUACUGUUCAUUGUCCGAGCAUCCUUGCUGCGGUUCAAUGUCCGAGAAUCCUUGCUGCGGUUCAUUGUCCGAGCAUUCUUACUGUGAUUCAUUAUCCGAGCAUUCUUGCUGUGGUUCAAUGUCCGAGCAUUCUUGCUGUGGUUCAAUGUCCGAGCAUUAUUGUUGUGGUUCAAUGCCCGAGCAUUUUUGCUUUGGUUCAAUGCCAGAGCAAUCAAGAAGAAGAAGAAGAAGAAGAAGAAGAAGAAGAACAACAACAACAACAACAACAACAACAACAACAACAACAACAACAACAACAACAACAACAACAACAACAACAACAACAACAACAACAACAACAACAACAACAACAACAACAACAACAACAAGCUUUGGUUUGGUUCUGA